AUGGAGAGCUGGUACAUUGUGGUACUUUCCGUGAUCAUUGGAGCGGCGGCCAAUCAAGAUACUCCUAACAAUACAUCUUUGACUUUGGAAGAAGUCACGACUACAACCGAAUCUCGAAUACUAGAGAAAAUUGAGCAUUUAUCACAAACCGUGAAAGAUGAAAUGAAAAUGUUUAACGACCGGAUUGACGAAAUGAAACGUGAUAUCAACAGAUUAUUGCUUGCGCAAAAUGAAACGAACGAAAUGUUUGGUACUACAAACAAAUCUUUGGAAAAAAUGUCGGAACAAUUGCAUAACUUUUCAACGUCAGCUACACUACGGUUUGUUAAUCUAGAGCAGAAACUAAAAGUACUUCCAGAAGACACGGGAGUGUACUUCAUGAAACCGGAUCCAUCCAAGAACGUGUCGUUUGAAGUACCUCGCGACUGGACGAAUAACCACGGAUUCGGUGGCAAUUGGAUCGUUUUCCAGAGACGGUUCAAUGGUUCGGUCGAUUUCUAUCGCAACUGGACCGAGUAUAAGCAGGGAUUCGGCGAUUUGCGUGGCGAGCACUGGUUGGGGUUGGAUAAGCUGCACGCAAUCGUGAAAACUCGACAGCACGAGCUGCUUAUCGUGUUGGAGGACUUUGACGGUGUGUUUGCGUACGCGCAUUACGAUGACUUCAAGAUCGGAGAUGAAAGUGAGAAAUACGUUAUAAAAUCGGUUGGUCUAUACUCCGGUACGGCGGGUGAUUCGUUUACCUCUCAUCAGUACGAAGUUUUUUCAACAUACGAUCAGGACAAUGAUAAAGCUGCUACAUCGCACUGUGCCAAAUCGUUUGUUGGUGCUUGGUGGUUUUACAAAUGUCAUCGAAGCCACUUAAAUGGAGAAUAUCUAAAUGGAAAAAUCAACCGCCAAGUUGGGAUAAUGUGGUAUGAGUUUCGAGGAUCGCAUUACUCCCUAAAGAGCACCAAAAUGAUGGUUCGUCCAGUUGCGUGA